AUGAAGCUUUCUGCUGCUGUAUCCGUGAUAGGUUCCAUCGCUGCGGCUUCUUCUGCGGCAGCUGAUGGUCCGGAGCAAGUUCCGCUCAGCGCUGGCCUGCUGGCGGAGCAUGCGCCACGGCUGCCCGAUGGACGGAAGCCGAACAUUGUGUUCAUCAUCACGGACGACCAGGACUUGCAUAUGCAGUCGCUGGACUACCUGCCACACGUGAAGCACCAUCUGCGCGACCACGGAACGCUGUUCCGGCGGCAUUAUUGCACGACGUCGCUGUGCUGUCCGUCGCGCGUGUCGCUCUGGACAGGCAAGCAGGCACACAACACCAACGUGACGGACGUGAAGCCGCCGCACGGUGGAUAUCCAAAAUUUGUCAGCCAGGGGCUCAACGAAGCAUAUCUGCCUGUCUGGCUGCAGCAGGCUGACUACAAUACGUACUACACCGGCAAGCUCUUCAACGCCCACACGAUCGACAACUACGACAGCCCACGGCCGGCUGGCUGGACUGGCUCCGACUUCCUGCUCGACCCCUACACAUACAGCUACCUUAACGCGACGUAUCAGCGCAACGGCGAGCCGCCCGUCAGCUACGAGGGCCACUACACCGGCGACGUGCUGGCCGAGAAGGCCCUUGGCUUCCUUGACGAUGCCACUGCUGACGGCGUCGAUGCCAGGCCCUUCUUUCUCGGCAUCGCCCCUGUGGCGCCGCACAGCAACGUUGUCGUGCUAGAGGGCGAGCCUGUCAGCAACGACUCGUCCCGGGCUGUCUUCUCGGCCCCCGUGGCCGCCACGCGCCAUGCCCACCUGUUCGCCGACGUGAAGGUGCCACGCACGCCACACUUCAACCCGGCGCGACAGGCCGCCGGUGGUUCCUGGGUCCGGCAGCUGGCCCGACAGGACGAUGCCAACGUAGCUUACAACGACUACUUUUACCGCCAGCGGCUACGGGCGCUGCAGUCAGUCGAUGAGCUCGUCGAUGAGCUGUUUGCUCGGCUCGACCGCCUCGGCCUGCUCGCGUCCACGUACGUCUUCUACACGACUGACAACGGCUUCCACAUCGGCCAGCAUCGACUACAGCCUGGCAAGACGUGCGGAUUUGAAGAGGACAUCAACAUCCCACUGAUCGUGCGUGGGCCCGGCGUGGCGGCUGGCCACGAGUCGCACGUUGUUACCUCCCACAUCGACCUGGCCCCGACACUGCUGCAGCUGGCCGGCGUGCCCGCUCGUGCCGACUUUGAUGGCGAGCCGAUCCCGCUGCACCAGUAUCGGCAUAGCGGUGUCGAGAACGCCAACCAGCGCCACGAACACGUUACGGUCGAGUUCUGGGGCUCAGCCAUCGCCGAGGGCGACUACUACAACCGCUUCAACGAUGGCAGCUAUUAUCGAUUCGUGCCCAACAACACCUACAAGGCUGUGCGCAUCAUCGGACGGUCAUACAAUCUGUACUAUUCCGUGUGGUGCAGUGGCGAACACGAGCUCUACGACCUGAACACGGACCCCUACCAGCUGGAGAACCUGCUGGCAGACGAAGAGAACGGGCCCAGCAGCGCUUUGCUUUUUCUCGGCCAUCCGGUCGCAAAGGUCGUCGCCCGAUUAGACGCGCUGCUGCUCGUGCUGAAGUCGUGUCGCGGACGCACGUGUGUGCGACCCUGGGCAGAGCUGCAUCCAGACGAUGACGUGCACAGCCUGCAGGACGCGCUGGCUGUGCCGUUUGACCGCUUCUAUGAGCAGGAGCAGCUAAAGGUUGCGUACAGUCGCUGUGAGCCGGGCUAUCUGGUGGACGCCGAAGGUCCGCAAUUUGAACACGACGGGGUGGUGUACCGAGACAGCAUUUCAUGGGAGGAGUGGGUGUAG